AUGUCGGCUGAACGUACAGUACAAAUGAAUAGUGUUCUAACUAUAUUAAGCGACUCGAUCGAGAAAUUAAAGAUAUCCUUAAUACUGCCCCGACUACUUGAGAGGCCGUGCAUAUUAAGAAAAGUAUUGGAUAACACAAAGUACUCGCAUUGUUUGAAAUUAAUCGAGGAUUAUAUAAAUGAGAGGCAAGACAGCAAGGACGAAACUUCAAGCUAUCUUGACUAUCGUUUAAUAAAAAUCAUCGAUUUUUUUCACAUAAACACAAAUAUUUUGGAGUUAUUACCCGGCUGGAUGGAUGAGCUGGACGACAACGAUGUCUCAUUGCUGAAAGCUUUCAAGUUGCUGCGUUGGAUAACUGAACAACGUCUCAAUAAGUCGGCUGUAGAGGAAUUAAAGAAGGAAAAAAAGAUUCAUGAGAUUUUUCACGAGAAUGAAAAAUUUAAAAAGAACAUCGAAGAGUUUAAACAUCAACUCAAAAGUCAAAGAAUCAAUUUACGCUGGAAGUUGGCAGCCAAAGAGAGUGUCAUUAAAUCGCACGAACAAAAUAUGGCCUUGAAAAAAGCCCUUAACGAUCAACGUAUUAAAGAAGAAAUGGCAAAGACAAGCCGCAGUGUGCGUCAUAUUUACACAGCUAGCGUUGCUAGACGUCGCGAAUUGGAAGAGGAGCUGCGAAUGACAAAAGUCAACUAUGAAAAGCUUGUUAACGAUAAUAUAAGACAAGAGAAAAAUGCCAGAGCUGAAAAAAAUAAGUUGUUGCUACAACUUGAGGCAUUAAUCAAGAAAUUUGAUCAAUCUAUCGGUGAUAAAAUGCGUGAGAAAAUCGUUUUGGAGGAGGAAUAUGCUAAACAGAAAAAAAUAUUUGAUGAAUUCAUGAUCAUUUUUCGUGAAAAGGAAGCCGAAUAUGAGGUUGCUGUCGUUCAAAAGGAGCAGGAGGAGCGGGAACAACAGGAGAAAAAACUCGCAUUCUUCAUAAUGAAUCGUGCCGCGCGUAUUAUACAGCGUUUUUAUCGUAAAUAUCGCAAAGCGAAGAAACGUCUGGAAAAACAAUUACAAAAGAGGGGAAAGGGUGCUGCUAGGCGAAAGGGAAAGAAAUAA